GUUUCGUAUCAAUUACAAUAAAUUAGUAUUUUUAUAAAGCUUCGUCUGCGAUUUUCCGAGAAUUGUAUGUCGCGCACAACUCUAAUUAUCAAGCAUAUCCUCUUGAUUAUUUCGUGGAAUUAAAGAUACCUGUUUUUUCGAAAAGUUUCGCAACGCAAACAGUAAAUAAUCUCCGUGAUUGUUUGACAAAAAACGUUACCUGAAAUUUAUCUGAACCUUUGUUCUUUUUAUUGUUACACUUUGCACAAGAACAAUCAACGUGAAAAAGUGAGUUUCGGGCGUGAUUUUUGAGUGUCGUAACCGUAACCACAGUGCUCGAAGGGUUAACCCUGACCUGACCUUUUAUUAAUUUUGAUAUACUUAAAAGACUGAUUGUUCCGGGCAUGGCAUAUGCCUGCAAUGUUAGGCUGUAGCACCGUAUGCCCCAACUGCAAGCACCAAUUCACGUGCUGCGCCCCGGUGCCGCCAUGCUGCUCCCUGCGGAGGUCGGUGCACGUCCUGUCCGGCGGCGGCAUCGUGCCGCCCCUGUCGCCCUGCCCCUCGCCCCAAGUCUCCCCCAGCGUGCCGCUGACGUUCGUCCUGCCGCCGCUCGGGGGCCUGCCGGCGCCGCCCCCCGAGGCCAAGCCCGAGACCGAGUUCGCGCGCCUCCAGGACAUCGUCAAGGCUCUGCGCCUAUCCGGCUGGUACUACGAGGGCCUCACCUUCGACAGGAGCGAUGAGCUGCUCAAGGACACCCGAGUGGGCACCUUCCUCGUGCGCAACUCCUCCGACCCGCGCUUUCUCUUCUCGCUGAGUGUGCAGACGGACCGCGGCCCCAAGUCCGUCCGGCUGUUCUACACCAACGGCCACUUCCGGCUCGACGCGCAGCCCCACCUGCAGGCCUCCAUGCCGCUCUUCCCCGGCGUCAUCGAGCUGGUGCAGCACUACGUGCGCCGCCGCAAGGACACCCAGGUGUGGGUGGACCCGCAGGGGAAGUGCCUCUCGUCCAUAUACCUGGACCGGCCGCUGCCCCGGGAGCCGGCGCCGCCCAGCUUGAAGCACCUGGCGCGGCUGGCGAUCCACCGGCAGCUGCGGGACGCGUCCGAGGUGCGGAUCUUCAAGCUGGGCUUGCCCACCUCGCUGGCGGUGUUCCUGGCCGAGUACCCGUACGCGCUCUAGUGGCACCAAAGACUGGUCGGUACCUUCUACAUACCGACGUUCAGGGAACACCAUCAAAGUAUUCUAAACGCGUUAGAUAGGAUAACAAAUUACCGACGUCUGUUUGUUAAUCGAAACGUGCGUAAGCCAUAUUGGCUGCUGAUAAUGAUUGUAUUUUGUUACGGCAUAUAUUUUUUUAUAAAACGAGAAAACGACAAACACUAGCUUGGGAUCGUAGCACACUGGCGAGCGACACACGAAGGGCCUUAAUCUCAAAUGUUUUAGCCAACGGUAUUUUAAUUAUUUAUUUUAGCUGUAAGCGUUUUAGUGUCCAGUGGACUGGAGAUACUCUACCAAUCGUCAACUUGUAUUAUACUUUAAGUUAGUGUGUGUACUAAACUUUAGACUAGAGCUUGGCUGGAAUCCGGCUCUGGACAAUCAUCAUCCUUGUUAGAAUAGUAAAACUAGUCUGAAUAAAACAAUCAUUGUUGAAUUUUUUUAAACAAGAGUUUGAGAUUAACAAGCGGAUGAUAACGUUGUAAUAUGAAUGUAUUUAUAUUUUGUUGUAAACACGUCGAGAAUGAGAGGGAGCGAUUGUAUGUCUGUUUAGUUAAUUCAAGAUGUAUUUAUUUCUCUAGGAAAUUAUUAAAUUAUUUAUUAUUA